CGAUGGGAUGUGCAUGGUAGGUAUUGCCCAGGAGACAGCAGUAAGUCGCGAUGAUUUGGUGCCGCUUUGCUAUUAUUGCGUUGGCUGCGCAGCUGGUCGAAUCAGUAUAUGGAUACGGCACUACCGUCGAGGUUUUCGUCAGUUAUUGUCCUGCGAUCUACACCGGCUCGAUUUUCGGUGGCGGCAAUGCGUCCUCGACAUAUGCCAGCACAAGCGUAACCACUGGCGCGCCUUCAAGUCCCAGUUCUGGAUCCUACUUCCUUGCCGUGAAUAAUGGGGUGGAUGAACCAGAUGAAUAUGUUGCGGAUGAUGGGACGCUGACUGCCAAUGCAAGUCUGGCUGUCGCAUUCACCAUCGACUCUUCGGGUCAAUUGAUGGGAGGUGGAGGGUAUAUCUCGACAUCGGGAUCUGCGACCACGCAGAAGUUCGCCGUCAACGCGACAUUGGGAAGCAUCUCAACCCUCUUUUCGAUUGUCAACGAUAACGCACAUGGACGCAGAGAUGCCUCUUCUUCUGGCGGAACCUUGCAAUGGCAGAAUGAGACAUUCGGUGGUGGACAAGCUAUAUUUUGCAUGUACGGGUCUAUUGUUCAAGUCUCCUUCAACGGACAGGCACCGGCGGGCUGCGAGGAGGUCACGCUCGACGCAGUACCUGUUGGUGAUAUCAUAUCGUCCUCGGGGACCUCUGUGUCCAUGGGUUCAACCAGUAUGCCCACAUCUGGCUACACGUCUGCGCCCAACGGGCUGACAACAACGCCAAACGCACUUUCUUCCGGAAUGAGUCCCACGACCACGCCCUCAACCGGUAUCUCAGGGACGGCAACCUCUCUACCUAUGGGAAGCACUCCAAUGUAUGGAUCUUCAACUUCUGCAUCCACUUCUUCCACCGUGUCAGCGUAUCCGACGUCAACUGGUCCGCCAAGCUGUGACGACCGUUCAUCGUACGAUGGCACUGUCGACGAUGGUUACUUGAUCCUAUGUGACACUGAUUUGCCAGGAUAUGACCUUCUCAGCGUGCCAGCUUCCGACCUUGCCGACUGCAUUGGAACAUGUAAUUCCUAUGUGACAUCUUCAGAUGCGAUAUGCCUUGCUGUCACCUAUAACAGUGUAUGUUUUUUUCAUAAAGUGUUUGCGUUAUGCUGACAGGCUUUACAGAGUACCGCCACAGAUCCGUGCACACUCAAAUCCAAUAUCAACACAGUGAACAGAGGCGCUGAUGCAUACGUCCAAGCUGCGAUCGUUGUC